AGACAUCGUUACUUUUGAAUAAUGAAUGACUUCUAUCUAAGAGAUAGCUUAACAGUCAGUCCUCUCCAGUGCUUGUACUUAACUUGAGUACUUCUAUGUUGUGCUUCUACUCCACUACAUCUCAGAGAUUUAUUUCCACCCACAUCUUCAAAGAUAAAAUGGAGAGGGACUCCAACGGUACAGCAGAAAAGACCGAGCCGGCAUCGCUUUUGAGGAAAAAUAUUAAUGAAGACAUCUGCGCAGCUAAUUCCCACAGCUCUCGGGAUAAGACCUGUGGUGCUAUUGAUGUCGCAAAGGCCAGGUGGACUCUCCUGAGACAGGUGUUGCGUCAAAAGCAGAUGGACACUCCAGAGGUCAAACAGGUGUCCGUCCGCAGGUUCGCCACGUUUGACCUUUUCAGCAGGAAAAUACUUCUGACCCAAGACCCUAGUGAUACCUCAGAUGACCAGUGGGUGGAGUACAGAAGCGUCUACUUUCCUGAAUACAGUGCCUUACUCAGGGAUAACAUGGGGCCUAUCAGAGUUAAUGAAGUGCUUAACAGUUUCGACAACACCGGUAAUGUCUGUGUGUGGCCGUCUGAGGAGGUGAUGGCUCAUUACUGCCUGCAGAAACGCCACAUGUUCAAGGGCGCAGUGUGUGAGUUAGGAGGAGGUAUGACUUGUCUUGCUGGGCUCAUGGUUGCCAUUUGUGCUGACGUGAAGGAAGUUCUGCUAUCAGAUGGGAACGAGAAGUCCAUUCAGAAUGUUCGAAAGCUGGCCGAGAGAAACAGGCAAGCUGGAAAGUUUGGGUCCACACAGGUAUCUGCCAGGGCGGUGAGGUGGGACUGUGAGUCAGACAUUUCAGCACUAGAGGGUCACUUUGACAUUGUCAUGUGUGCAGACUGUUUGUUCCUUGACCAGUACAGAGCCAGCCUGGUCGAUGCCAUAAGGAGAUUACUGCAACCCAACGGCACGGCGUUGGUCUUUGCUCCUCUGCGAGGGGAAACUCUGAGACUGUUCUGUCAACUGGCCCAACAGGCCGGACUCAGCGCCUCUCAACACCAGCAGUAUGAUGCUCAGGUCUGGGAUGUUCACUUAAAGAUGCUGAUGGAGGGCAAAGACGCAUACGAUGAGAACAUCCACUAUCCUCUCCUCAUCACCUUGACCAAAGGACCUCAUCCUGUCAGCCACACUCAGUGAACCAAAACGAGCGAGCCCUCAGCUCGACACUCCACGAGCUUUGGAUAUUUGAAAUGGAGUGAUGCUACAGAGUCAUGUCAACAAUGUGAGCCACAAGGAACUAACUGAGGAGGAGGAAUUGCACUGAAAGAGCAGUAUUCAAAUACUGUACGGUUAUUUGUCUCAAUAUCAAGUGUUAAGUCACAGAGAGCAAAACUAAAUGGGGUCAAAUUUAAGACAUUUUUCACAAUUUUUCAUACUGGCCACUGACAGGAUUUAUUAUCAGAUGAUGCAUGGCUUUGGACAAUCUUUGAAGCGUGCAUGUUUUGUAGUUUGAACAACAAAGCAGUGGGUGAGGAGGAGGAUAUAUUCCAACCUAGUAUGUUUUAACCGUCUGCCAAAUGGUCUCCAAAAUAGUCAUACGUCAUUUAAUCAUCGUCCCUUUAGUUAAUCAGCCAUCCAGGAAAUGAACCACAUGGCCAGCCAGUCAAGUAACCAGUUUAAUUCCCUAAUAUGGUCGUUAAUUAGUCGCUAAUCCAGUCGUCAUUCCAGCCAACAAGCCGACAGUUACAUGGACAUUUCCUGCGUCUACUACUGUAGGUGUCAGUUAUUCAGUCAGUUGGCCCUCUUUAACCUGUCAGUAUUAACCUAUGCCACUGUGUUUCUGCCCCCAGCAUGAAGGCCAGCUCUAAUUCAUUAACUAUCACAGACUGUGGAGCAGCUCACAGUUUCCUUUGUGUUUCCAUUAUUUCUCUUUUUUCCCUUCUUCCCCCGCAUUAAUUUCCUCUAAUACAACUCAUUCAUCCCAGUCAGAGGUCAGUAUUAAGAACUUCUUUUGUGCAUUACUUACAACAGUACAUUAACAUAUUAAGAGACGUUCAUACUAAGGAGCAAUUCUCGCCGCCCUGGAGCUACAGCUCGCUAAAAGUACACUGAAAUACAUCACAUUGCUAUUUAAUUUGACACGGCUCUGUUUGUGUUGUCAUCUGUUUUGAACCGUUCAACAGGCUUUAACUCCCGACUCCCGCUUUUAAGUUUUAAACUGCCACUGGUGAAGGUCCAACAUUGUGUCACACACACACACACACACACACACACACACACACACACAUAUCAAGCCUCGUUGUGUCUGCUAUCAUGACUCAAACAUAUCCAGUGACAGAAGUGGAGCUACGUCACUUCACUCACAAACAUUUAGCUCUUUAAAGUGACUUAGCAAGGCAACAAUCAGAUCCUUGUGGCAGCGGAUCAAAACCAAACGCUCGUAUUAGUGUGAACCCACCUUCAGGAAGAGAGAGAACAUGCACAUAUGUUUUAGUGACUACUGACCCCAAUACUGUGGAAUAUAAAGACUAUGUAUGAUAUGCUGUAGAGAGCAGGGUUUACUUUCUCCUUUUGUUUUGUAGUGCAGACCUCUCAAGGGUCUCUUCCCCCCAAUGUCCACUGGGUGCAGACAGUCUGCUGCCCUUCUCGUCCCCCGUGACCACAGAAUGAAGUUCAUGCUUGACGGCUCUAUGAAGUGCUGCAUUGACUUUUAAAUGUUUAAUUAGUCUUUACAUAUAUUCAGCUCAACUGUAUCUGUAGUCUGCGAAGCUUUCUGCUUAUAUACAUUAUUCAGAAAGUACUUAAAAGGAAACAAAGUAUCUGUUUUCGCAAUGAUUAUAAAGACGUUUCAUUUAAAACACAAAAAAGGUGUCUGCCUAACAACUUGGAAUAAUAUUUUAAAUCCAUCCAGUGGACAUCCGGGGGUUAGAAUAUGAUUUUAAAUUGAUAAACUAUGUGUAACCUUAGUUUCUUGACUGUCACACGAUCUCAUUGUAUCUUCAAGGGCAAAACACUUUCACACAUUUCAGACCAAUUCCGUUUCCAUAUUUCUGUUGGCAUUUUCUAUCUUAGCACAAGUUUUACUCAGGUCUUUUUCCGUGUGUUCAGCCGUUUCUCCUUUCUCGUGGUAUUAAAGAAACGCCAAGUGUCAGCGGGCCACUCGAGCCUAAAGUUGUACCUAUCACUAGUAAAGUGUUUCCAUAUUUCACUGUGAUCCAUUGCUGUAUACAACAGCCAAGAAGCUAUGCAGUAUCUCCCCGUGGCUGCUGUUUACAUCCCUCAUGUUGAAUAAAAUAAUCCACCUUCAGAAAUGAGAGGUAUUCCCUGUGUGUGUAACUACUAAGAAAAGUAAAUUAAGCCAGUUGUUAUCAGUGGUCUCAAUGCUUUGAGGACUUAAAUUGCAUUGCAAAAAUGUUCCUAUAGCAAAGUGUGCUUAAUUACAUUUUUAUCUUUAAUGCAGUUUGCUGUUUACCUUUUGAUAUCGGCGGGCUCACACACACGAAUACCAUCUUGACUGUGUACAGUGACUUCAUCACUGUGUGCUGUUAUCCACUCUGCGCUGCUGCUUCCUGCAGCAUCACUGCCUCUGUUCUUGGCAAAGCCUUCACCCGAUGCACUCUUGAUUUGCAGUGAUUUCCCCGUCGUUAGACAGUAAUGUGGUCACUUCUCGUUGUGAUAUCGGCGCCGUGUGCGAGGACGCUUCUCACUGUGACGUCGACAGACAGUCGAGGGACCGCUGACGGUCAGUGUUAUUAAUAGAAGGUCAUGUGCUGCAGCUGACAUCAUACAGGAAUGCUCUAUUCCAACAGUGUGUCACUGUGUUAUCUAUCUGUACACAUGUGUCUCUGCUGGGCUAUUGUUUUAAUUAUCAAACUGAACUUUUAGAAUUGUUGCAGGCCAUGUCCACAGUAAUCCAGAUCAACUUUAAAUCGGAUCUGCUUGGAUCCUUCUAACAACGCUGAUCUUUUUGUUGAGCAUUUCACUGCAUCAGGACACUAUUGAUGUACAUCUAUCAUGUUUGUAUUGUUUUGGGGGUUUGACACAAGAAACACAAAAUUGUAUUUAAGUUAAAUAUUUUUAAUUUAGCGUGGACAUGGCCUAUAGUUCAGUAUAUUAACUUCUCUCUGCUUCACUGUUAUCAAUGGGUAAUGAAUGUUGUACUUUGCAGUCUAAGGGUGGGUGAUUUGUUGUGAAUGAAUAAAAAAUAAAUACAUUUUCUUCAAGAAA